AUGGCGUCCACAAACCCAGUACACAGAGCCCUCUCCGCCCUCUUCCCACCCUCAAUCACCAUCCCACCAAGACUCACCUCAGCCGCCGACUCCCUCCUCGCCAUAUCCCGUCAACGCGCAACACACCUCAAGCCCGACGAAGAAAUCGCCCGCCCACACGUCUGCGCCGAAAUAGCAUGUCGAAAACUCCGCGCGACGCUACGAUUGCCGAACAUAAAGAGUGGGAGUGGAGCGCCUUGUCGACCUGCUGUGUACAAGAAGUUGCUGGCGUUUUUGGAGAAGACGCUUGAGGAUGUUGAGUUGAUUGGGACGCCGAAGGGUCGGAAGACGCCCGGGCGAGGUACGCCUGGGACAGGGAGGACCACGGGUACUGGUACUGGGAUGGCGAGGAAGCGAGACAUUGAGGCUGUGAGUGCUGAUGAUGAGGAUGUUGAGACACCGACGAAGAAGCGGAGGGGUGUUGAUCCGUUAGCGACGCCGACGAGGUCAACUGGAAGAAAGAGUGCUUUUCUAGGACGGAUAGAAAGUUCAGCUAGUAAGACGAAGACGGCAGAAGCACCUGAUCAUGUAUUGCCUGCGAUCAGGAGGCUAUGCAAGAUGUUUGAAACUCCUAAGAUGGCACCUCAUGUAUACACAGGCUUUUGCGUUUUGUCGGCUUUGGCAAUGGAAGACGACGAAGAGCAAGACAGCAACUCUGAGCAGCAGCAGCAACACUGGCUGUGUCUGGUAAUUGCAGUCUACCUGUUAACCUUGACCAGAAUGCAAGAAGGACCCAUGACCGAAGAGGUCUACCAAGCGAUAUCUGAGAAGAGCCUACUACAAGUCCUGCAGAUAGGGCCAGAGGACCAAGACCCUCAGAAAGAGAUAGAGGACUGGAUCUCUCGAAUAAACGACGAAGAGUGGGUCAGUCUGUCCGGUAAAGGACAGGACUGGUGGUCCAGUGUACCUGAAGACAUACUUCCAGCUCUAGACCUGGCUAGGAUAGAGUCUCAAGAGGAAGAUCCCGACGCCGAUGCCACUCCUAUAGCCCGAGAAAGGAAGACAGACGAGUCUCAGCCUCGACAGAGCUCACGAAGAGAAGAGUUGAGAAAGCAGCUAGAAGAAUCGGAUCCUGAAGACAUUCUACUUCCUGGUCUAGGGACGAUGAUGAAUGAUGCCGUUGACUAUUUUAGCGAAGAGCGAAAUGCUGAGUACGAAAUAUGGGAGGCAGGAGUUUAUAGACGCCUCGCAGCGAUGGAGCAAGGAGAGACACCGAGAAAGGGCAAAUCAAGAGCAAGUACAGUAUCUGCUGCUGCAUGA